AUGUCGGGGAUCCAAACCUCCUCCCCGUGCUCCAGCCGAGCGAGCAGGUCGGGGUUACACGCGGGGAAGCCUGCUCGGGUAGACAGCGGCGGGUUACUGGCCCAGUUCAGAGUCCUGGGACCCGACCGCCCCAUCACCGCCGUCAUGGGAGAAGACGUCGUGCUGCCUUGCCGCCUCUCCCCCAGGCUGGACGCCGAGAACAUGGAGGUGAGGUGGUUUCGGACCAGGUUCUCCCUCUACGUCCACCUCUACCACAGCGGGCAGGACCACUACUCCUCCCAGAUGCCCGAAUACCAGGAGAGGACAGAGCUUUUGAAAGAGGGCAUCUCUGCUGGGAACGUCUCCUUGAGGAUCCUCAGGACCAGGCUGAGCGAUGAGGGACAGUACCAGUGUCUCGUCAAAGACGGGAAUUCUUACGAAGAAGCCACGGUGGAGUUGAAGGUCGCAGCUGCAGGUUCCAGCCCCCUCCUCUCCGUGGAGGAUUACCAAGACGGGGGAAUCCGAGUGGGAUGUCGAGCAACCGGCUGGUACCCAAAGCCUGAGAUGCUCUGGAGAGAUUUCCAGGGCCAGCAGCUCCCGUCCUUCGCCCAGGCCGACUCCCGGGACCAGAACGGCUUCUUCGUGGUGGAGAAGUCCAUCGUCAUCCAAAGAAACGCAAAACGAAACGUGUCCUGUUCCGUCAGGAACACGCGGCUUCCCCAGGAGAAGGACUCGACCAUUUAUAUAUCAGACCCCAUUUUCCCGAAGAGCUCUCCCUGCAUGGCAGCUUUGUUCGCGACCCUGGCUGCCGGCUCAGCUUCGCUGAUCGCCUUGUCCCUUUUUGUCUUACGGCUGCGAGCCCAACAUGCCGCGGAGCUUGAGAAACGCGACGCCGAAAUCC